UCUCAGAACGCCAGUCAGAUCUUAUGGUCGCUAACACACGCUAUGCGCGAGGACGCAAGACGUAGAUUCGUAUUCGGGUUCACGAUUGAGAAUACGCGUAUGCGGCUGUGGUUCGCCAGUCGCCAGGCCAUCGGGCGCGUCGCUGGAUUUUUCCUGCGCAUUCUGUAUGCGGAGCGGCAUGCACUGGGAUUCGACGAGACGAUCGUGCGACUGCCGCCUGGAGAGGGUGAGAGCGAUGUACCAUACGAGAUAGAAGUCGGCGGCAAGUGGUACCGGACGCAGCGUCUGAUCUCAGCCAUUGGGGCCGAGUCCAUCCGUGGCCGUGGCACGCGAGUGUGGGAGGUCAAGGAGUUGGAUGGGCCUGGAGGAGUGGAGAUAGGGCCGUGUAUGGUGCUCAAGGACGGUUGGCCCGACUACGAUCGCGACCGCGAAGAAGUGAUCCACGAGAAGAUCUUGGACGCUGCAGAGAAGAGUGGCCAGGUCGAGACACUGAAGAAGCACAUGUUGACUGUGCACGCAGCCUGCGACGUCCUGGUCGAAGGCAACGUGGACGAUACGCUUGCUGUCAUAUGUCGUGGAGAGGCACCCCCUUAUGGCGAGACGCUAGAGGUUAAGAAAGACCUGGAGGCGAAGAAGACUGUGCAUGAAGACCACCCUCUCCAGGGAGCGAUGCCUCGGCCGUCCGAUGAGAUCGGGAAGCACUUCGCGUAUCACCGGAAGGUACACCACCGUAUCAUCUUCGAGGAAGUUGGAACGACCAUCAUGGAAUCGGGGACAGUCUCCUUCGCGUUCGGGAUUUUGCAGGAAGUGGUUGAAGCUCUCAGAGCCCUACACAGCUGUGGCUGGGUGCAUCGGGAUAUCAGCGUCGGCAAUAUUCUUAUUGUCGACGAUGUCGCCAAGCUAGCAGACCUGGAGUACGCGAAAGCCGAAACUGAUCGUAGAACGCAUGAUUUGCGAACGGGCACUGCAUUCUUCAUGGCCGUUGAGGUGGAGGCCGGGACAUAUCUCCAUGGUCGCGCUAGUCACGGGAUUCUACGGACUAUCUUAGAGGAAGAUACUGUUGGCACAGAAGAAGCCGGGCCACUGGACAAGAAGGCGGCGGCCAAAAGAAGAAGAAGCGAUCAGGACGACAACGCAGAGGAUAAUGCGCAGUCGGACUCCUUUCCCGUCCAUGUUCUUGGCCCUAGACCAGCGGUAAGAGUCGUUCGACAGAGGCCUUUCAGGCAUAAUCCUCUGCAUGACCUCGAGUUCGUCCUCUGGCUAGGUCUCUACGUCCUCUUCUGCUCUAUCUUCAAGCGGUUCGCAGAUCCGUACACGGCGGAUGAACAGUGGAUCGACUACAUGAAGCGCCGCAAAGCGGUCGCUGCCAAACUGUUCAACAGCCAGAUAUUCAGGUAUCAGGUCGUCAGCACGUCGACCGUCUUCAGCGAACAACUUCCUGGAUUGCAUCCACAACUUCAGAAGAUCUGUCUAGUUCUCGAAGCGUUCUGCGAACUGCUGGUGUCUCGUUACGCCGAGGUGGAA